UUAAAAAUCAGAUAAACAUCAAGUUAGCCAACUUAAGGACAAAUAAUAUUAAGGCAUUGUCUCGUGCAGUUUCUUCUGUAGUUUGUUUGUGCCCUCAUGUUUUAAAACAGUUGAAGGCCUACCGCGAAAAAACAAAACGCGAAGAGCGAUAGAGAUGCUGAAAACGAUUUCAGAUUUUUCGAUGUUAGCGGUAGGCCCUCUGUUUUGGACUUGGAUAUUUGACGUUUAACUAUUCAAGUAUUCAAUAACAUCGCAUUACCUCAUCGCCAUUAUUUUACUGUAUCAAUAUUUUACAUAUAUUUUCUGCUAAGAUGUUGACUGUAGCUUCACGCUUCACUUUACGAUUCCCGACUCUUGCAGUGAAAGCAGUACGAACGAACCAAGUCAGAUGUUUCUGGGAAUAUGUUACCAUGAUGUUCAAUAAGCCGGAGGCGGAGCGUAUACAACGAGUUGGCCCCGACCGUGCGUGCGCUGAGUGGGUUCUGCGGAACGGGGGCACCGUCGAGUGGGUUGGAGGGCAGAAGCUUGCAGACUACAACAUGCUACCAGCUAAUGACCAACCAGCCCCGAAACUAGCAGUAAUUGAUGCUACGAAUUCAUCAAUAUCGUAUUAUGGUUUCUCUCAUUUAAUUGGAUGCAACAAGCUGUAUAAAAUUAUACUUCAUAAAAGUUCAUAUAUUGAGGACAGAGCAUUGAAGGGUUUAUCACAUGGUAAAGACUCUUUAACUCACUUACAAGUCUCAGAUAUAGCGGAUGUCAGUGAUGCUGGACUCAAGAAUUUAAAAGAUUGCCACAAUCUACAAAAUCUGGUGCUGUUUGAUUUGACAAAUGUAAAUGACCUUGAAGAAUGUAAACAGUAUUUAGCAUCACAGUUACCUAACUGUAAAAUACGAGGAGCCGCUGAGAUAACGAAAGAAAAGCCAUCAUAGAUGGAACCUUUUACAGUGAAGUCAGGAUAUAAAUCAAUACACAGUUAAAAUGAACAAAUGAUUCAAACCACCUUUGGCAAUCAGUUGGAUUUAUAUACUUAUCCUUUUUUAUUUAUUUUCUUUCCUUUUUAUGAAUAUUUUGUCGUAUUAAAUAUUGAUUUAUUUGAUGUAUAACUAUAUUAUGUAUUCUAUGUAUUUGAAAACAUGAGUCCCGCCGAGUUUCUUGCGCCGGUUUCUUCUCGGGGCUGUGGUGUAGGGUUUGAACCGGUGGUAGUUUCUGAGAUUCAUAAGUGUAUUGUAAUAUUUGUAAUACGCCUAAAUUGAAGAAUAAAGACUUUCACUUAGUCAUUUGACCUUUA